GUAACCCAUGAUGCAAAAAUAACAUUGAACACCUUUGGCCCUAAGAAGCUUGUUGUUUCUAUUGGAGUAGUUGAACCGAAAACACCGUACUUUUCACAUUCAAAACUGAAACAACUACAGAGCAAACUUCAUACAAGGUAUAGAUUGUCUACUACUAAAUUCAAGAAAUAUAAUUUAUUUUAAAAAAUCAUUUACUGUUUUUAUCAUUGUAUCAAAUUUACUAGUGACAAUAAGAUGUUAGAAAUUGCCCGAUUUAUACGAGUGAAUGGAGGAAGAAAAUCUGUUGAGCCUUGUUAUUCUGAAAAGUUAACCGAAGAAAACAAAAAUCUAUUGUUUUUGUUUGAUGCUGAGCUUAUGCUGAUCCAGUCAAAACAGAAUACUGGAGAUAAUAAAAAAGUGUGUAUUGAAAGAACUAUUCCUGGUGUAAUUUGCAAUAAUGUUGAUGAGUUUGUUGCAACAGUUUUGCGACGUAGAUCUCUUGAACCAGAGAAUGUUGAUGUUAAGAUUGGGGUAGAUGGAGGGCAAGGCUAUCUUAAGGUUACUUUAUCAAUCACAUUAAAGCCAGAGCUUGAAGUACAUUCAAUUGAAAAGAAAAGAGUGAAAUAUUCUGAUGAGUAUGGAUUUAAAGAAUUCAAGUAUACUAGUGUUCACAAAACUUUAGUUUUGGCGGUAUUACCCUCUAUUGAUGAAAAUUAUGCAAACAUAAAAAUGUUGUUGGAUAAAUUAAAACUUAAUUCUCUGGAUUACUCUAUUUCAGAAGAUCUAAAGGUUCUUCUUCUGAUGGUUGGAAAGCAGUCAGCAGCUUCGAAGCAUCCUUGCCCAUUUUGUGAAACAGAAUCGCCAAAUAUGCUGAGAGCUAAGUCAUAUUCUCUAACUUCUCUGUGUGAGUGGUGUAACAAAUGGAUGGCUGCAGGAGGAAACAUUGCAAAAGCUAAAAAUUUUAGUAACGUAGUUAAUCCUCCUUUAUUGACUGGAAAUGUAACAAAGAAGAUCUUAGAAAUUGUUAAUAUACCAGGCUUACAUAUUUUGCUAGGCAUAGUAGACAAGUUACUCAAAAUAAUUGAAAAAAACUUGUUUGAGGACACUAAUCAAGGAUUUAAUUUUGUAAAUAGUUAUCUAUCUACAAUUAAUCUUGCCAGAGUAUCUUAUCAAGGUAAACACAGGUUAGAAGGAAAUGCAUCCAACAAGUUUUUAAAAAAACUUGAUUGCUUUCAAAUAUAUCUGGAUGAGCACAAUAUUAUUGGUGGCAAAUAUAUGAAAGCUUUGAGAGACUUUAGCGAUGUUGUUCACGGGUGUUUUGGGAAAAUAUUAAAUCCAAACUACUCUGAUUAUAUUAAAAGAUUUUCACAAAGUUUCAGAGAUCUUGGUUCAAACAUUCCUCUUAAAGUUCAUAUAGUGGAGCAUCAUGUUGAAGAGUUUAUUGUUAUGAAAGGAGGAAAGUUUGGUUUAGGGUAUUGGACUGAGCAAGCAUUGGAAUCAGUCCAUCAAGACUUCAAACAAUUUUGGGAAAUACGAAAGAAUUCUUUCAUUACAAAUCCAAAGAUGAUUCUAUAUGGGCAUUGUAUUCCUGUAGACCUACAUUAUCCUCUUCAAUAAAAAAGAAAGCUAACUUUUAAGAAGUGAUAAAUUAGUCAAUGUUCUGACUAGAAUGCCCAAAUUAUUAUCAGAAUUUAUAUCAAAAUACGAUCCUCAAAUUGUCAAUCCACUAGAUCAAACAACCAAACAAAUUAUAUACAGCUAUUUAAUCCACUUGCAGGGGU